AUGGGCCUGAGCCACUCCAAGGCUCACCCUAGAGUGACCAAAGUAGCACCUUUGCAAAACAAAGGGGAAGAGACACCCUCCCCUGGCCCUAUGGACUUUGCAUUCAGCCAGAACCUGGAAGAAAGGAGCACAUAUUCACUGGCAAGACUGCAGGACCGGAAUAAAGCUUUGGAAGGGCAGCUGCCGCCUCUGCGAGAGACCUGGUGUGGAAGAUAUCCUGCAGUGCCCAGAGACAUGUAUUUUGACAUCCCACUGGAACAGGGAGAAACAAGUAUUAUUAAAAGGCAUCCACCCCGAAGACUGCAAAAGCUUGAACCCAUUCACUUAUCGCAAGCAGUUACUCCUGAAAGGUUCCUGAGCCAGCGAGAAGCCAGGACGACUCGCAAAGCAAAGCACGAAUUGGAAAAGAAGAUGCAAAUUCCAAUGUAUACUUCGGGGAAAAGACAAUAUUUACAUAAGAUGCAAAUGCUGGAAAUGAACCGUAAAAGACAAGAGGCCCAAGCAGAGUUGAAGAAAAGUCUUCACAGGGAGGCAAAGACUAAUAAGGAGAAGCUGAGGGACCAAACAGCCAAGAAAAUCCUUGACAGCAUCCCCCAAAAUAGUGACGAUGACUUUCUAACUGUGUUCCCUGAUGAAACCUUAAACCCAAGUCCAGGAAAUUCACAGAAUGCAGAAUUUUUAGAACAUCACUCAAGAAAUGACUUUUAUCCCCAGAAAAUUGGCAAAAUGGAGACAUGGCUCCGUGAACAAGAGACUCAGGGACAGCUGCUCUGGGACAGUUCUAGCUCGGACUCAGAUGAGUUGGGGAAAGUCAUGAAGAAACCACGAGCCCUGGUGAGGACCAGGACAGAGAGAAUCCCACUGUUUGAUGAGUUUUUUGAUCGAGAAUAA